UCUCCCACACAAACAGCAGACCAGCUCAGAGCUUACUCACUUGUAACAAGACAGGGAAGCUGAGUACUACACUACAUACCUUACAAGCUACUGUCAAAAUCUUUGGAAAUAUCCACCAGCAAGCAGGAUAAUAUCUCAUCAUGUGCAGAGGACUCGACUCGCUGCCUAUCACCUGCCUGGAGAGGGCAAAGGAGCUGAAAGCUUUGUUUGGAAGUUUACUGCAGAAGUCAGAUCACACCAUCACUGGGCAGUUAAAGAAAAGUGAGAAGCUGAGGUUGAAUGUUGAUGAGCCUCUGAAAUGGAAGGAGUCAUUCGAGAAACUUCUGUCCAGCCAAAAUGGACUGUGCUUAUUCAGAGCCUUCCUCGUCUCAGAGUUUAGUGAGGAGAACAUCGCUUUCUACUUGGCAUGUGAGGACUUCAAGGCGACUAAAUCUUCAAAACUGACCACCAAGGCUAAGAAAAUCUUCGAUGAGUUCAUUGGCUCAGAUGCACCACGAGAGGUAAAUCUUGACCAUCUGACUAAAGCGAUCACCAAGGAGAAUAUGGAGCAGCCCAGCCAGUCCUGUUUCAAACUGGCCCAGGCCAAAAUCUACAACCUGAUGGAGAAGGACUGCUACCCUCGUUUCCUGAAGUCCUCCACAUACUUGGAGCUUAGCAGAAAGUCCAAGACAGGCUAAAUGACUUCAUUACACAAUGAGAUGUAAUCACUCCUCAAAGGGACAUGAAUAAGCUUACUGACGCACAGCAGAGAAUGGAAAGGCUACAGACGGAACACAUACCUCAAGUGAAGGAGUUUCGUGAAGGGCUGUGGAGUUAUUUUGAAGACCGGAGGUACCACAGAUCGGGGUCCGAGCUGGAAGAUGAAGGACAUGUGAAGCUGUGAGAAGACACUGACAUAGACUGAGUUCCAGUCUGACUCUGAAAGAGACACCUGUACUGUACAUACAAGAGCUG